AUGGAUUCUACAAAAUGCUUCACCCCUGGUCAUACCAUAGACCGUGGUUCUUAUGUUAUCACUUCAGAUACUGAAGGCUCCCCCAACAAGAAACCACGAAAUAACGCAGCCACCGGGGCUUCUGCUGCUGGGGUUCGUGCUCUCAGCGCGCAGUUGGUUGCCUUCUACUUCAGAGCGCCAAUAAAAGCAUUUUUUCGCACUCGAGUUGAGGUUGGUGCUGUACUAUAUACAUCAUACCUCCAAGUUCUUGGAGCCUUGUAUGAGCCAGUUUCCCGUGGGGUCAAGCGUAUCUAUCCACCUGCUAGUCCCUUAUAUACAUUUACAGCUGGAUUUGCGGCUGGAACUAUGCAAUCAAUAGUGGCUGCUCCUUUAGAUGCUCUCCAGGUUCGUCUUCGGGCGAAUGACAUACUUGAAGGCCAGUAUCGGAGCAUGUGGCAUUAUGGCCGACAUAAACUCAAACAGAUCGGCAUCCGUGGUAUCUUUGCGGGUUGGAGUCUUUCAUUCUUGCGUGACGCUUUCGGCUACGGCGUCUUUUUCUCAUUCUUCGAGUACAUCAAAUCGCAGGCAUAUUAUUCAUUUAUCACUGGAUACUAUGGUUCUUUGCGCAUUCACGAUGUGGACGAGCUGUUUUCUACUCAGUCCGAUGGCCGUGGUGUUCCACUUAUCAAACCUCAUUAUACUCUGGAGCCAUGCUUUUUGAUGGCCGCGGGCGUUGCGGCAUCUAUAGCCCAACAAGCAAUACAGCACCCGCUAAGCAUGAUACAAAACCUUCAUGUUGCUCGACUAGAAUAUCUGGAUCAUCAGGCAAGUCUCCACCCUUCCAGGCGGCAAAUGCUACGUCUUUAUUAUCUUGCAUAUCAGGAGACAUACAAACGAUGCAGGAAGAGGGCCAAGCGAGCUGGUGGCUGGCGCCAUUGGUUGUUUCGCGGAUUUGUAAGAGAUGCCAUACGUCAAGUGCCUAGCACUAGCGCUGGAUUGGUGAUAUUCGAGUUGGUGCGUCGUAAAUAUGCCAGCUUGGCUGAUGCUGUGUAUAUUCAAAAAGAUGGAUAUGAUAUUCUUCUAUCCUAG